CAGAUGCCCAGGAGGGAAGAAUGGACUCAGGGAGGCGGGCUCUGAGAUCCUGCAAGGCCCUCAGCAGGCCUAUGUCGAGCAGGCCACCAUGGGUCUGGGCAGCAUGGCCUUGUCCUGAGCCUUUGUGCCUAAUGCCUAUUUUCCCCAGCCUCCACGCCCCACCCUGUCUCAGCAGCCUUCCGCUUCCAGGUCUAAGGUCCCACUUCUUAUGUCCCAGCGACUGCCUGGAGCUGCCGGGGGCGAGCACGUAGCUCUGCUCUGAGAAGUGCCCUCUCCCCCUCAUCCUGGUGUUCUCAAGGCAUUCCCCCAUGAAGGUGCGGCUGGCGGCUGGCGGCAGAAGGGGCACAAUGGCCCGGCUACUGGAGGCUGGUCUUUGCCCCAGAGAAUGGAAUCUAGCCCUUGCCACAGCUCUUGUGGAAACCCAAAGGUGACCCGCAGCGCAUCCCUCAAAACGCUGACCCUGCAGCCCUGCCGAGUUUCUCACGGGAAACGUAAAAUCGGUUCCAUGGCUAAAGAAGCGUGGGCAACGUACUGCACCGUACUGUGCUCUGGCCCCCGUGUCGGCAGAUGUGUGAUGCACACACAGCUGAUUAUAAGGGACCAAAAAGACCCACGGCUCCUGCCCAGACACAGCACCAUGCAUCUCCUCGGCCCCUCGUUCCUGCUCCUUGGUAAGGACUGUGGCCUAGGCUUGGGUUCUGGGAGUCUGUGGGAGCUAGAGGAGGAGGAAAGCUCUGGAGCAAAGAAAUACUUGGCCUUCUCUGACUCAUCUCAAUGGAAGUUUGAGCACCCCCACACCCUCUACACCUGGGAUGGGGCCUGCGUCUGGAUUCCCUGUGACUACAAAAUUCCAGGGAGUAGACAAAUGCUGGAAAACCUGACCCUGUACCACAACUAUCACUAUGACGAGACCCGCAAGGACUUCAGUGGGACCAUCCUGUAUGAUACCGCGAAGGCUGGGAAGACUCUGCCUCACCGGGAGAGGGUUCAAUUCCUGGGAGACAAAAAGUCCAACUGUACCAUACACAUCCACCCUGUGUCCGUCAAUGACAGUGGCUGUCUUGGGCUGAGAGUGACAACGAAGAAUGACAAAUGGAUGGAGAAAAUAGACCUCAACGUCUCUGAGACGCCUCUCUCACCUCACAUCCAGCUCCCUCCAGAAAUCCAGGAGUCCCAGGAAGUCACUCUGACCUGCUCGCUGAAUUUCUCCUGUCCUGGGUACCAGAUCCAGCUGAAGUGGUCCCUGGAGGAGCCUGCUGUCACCUCCACCCUCCUGACCACCAAGAUCGUGUCCACACAGAGCAAGCUCACCUUCCAGCCGCAGUGGACUCACCACGGCAAGAAUCUUUCCUGCCAGCUCUGGGACCCCCGAGCAGAGCGGAUACUCUCCGAGGAAAGCGUGGGGCUGGAUGUGAAGCAUGCCCCAAAGUUGAAGAUUGAGGCCACCCCCAGAGAAGCCAUCGUAACAGAGGGAGAGUCUGUGACCAUGACGUGCCAGGUCCUCAGCAGCAACCCCAGCUACCAGAAUAUAGCCUGGUUCAAGGAUGGGACCCUGCUGAGGGAGCAGGAGACACUCACGCUGACUCUGUCCACUGUGACCAAGGAGAUGAGUGGAAAGUACCAGUGUGAGGCCUCCAAUGAAAUAGGCCCAGGACAGUCGGAAGAAGUGGACCUUCAAGUAUAUUAUGCUCCGGAAUCUUCCAGGGUUGAGAUCUUCCCUUCACCAGCUAAGGAGGGAAAUAAAGUACAGAUGACUUGUGUGUCACCGGCCAAUCCUCCUCCAACAAAUUACACCUGGUAUCACGAUAAGAAAAAAGUACUCGGAAGGACAAGCAAGACCUUCCAGAUCCCAGCGGUCCUCCUCGGGCACGCUGGGUAUUAUUCCUGCUUGGCCGAAAACAGCCUUGGUACUGGACAAGUUGGCCAGGAAGCUGAGUUAGAUGUCCAGUAUCCUCCCAAGGAGGUAACCGCAGUGAUUCAAAACCCCACACCGAUUCGAGAAGGAGACAAUGUGACCCUGUCCUGUAACUACAAUUCCAGUAAUCCCGAAGUUAGCCGAUACGAAUGGAACUUCCAAGGCUCCUGGAAAAAACUAUUACGCGAGGUGCUGAUAAUUGAGAAAGUUUCCUGGGACGCCAGACCAAUCUCCUGUGCAGCCUGCAACCAGUGGUGUUCGUGGGCUCCCUCUGUCAGCCUGGAUGUCCUGUAUGCCCCAAGAGAUGUCAGGGUCCAGCAGAUCAGCCCCCCUUCUGACAUUCACUCCGGGCACCGAGUCCUCCUUGGAUGUAACUUCUCAAGUAGCCGCCCCAGAGACGUCCGCUUCUUCUGGAAGAAAAAUGGAAUCUUUCUGAAGGAGGGAAGAGACCUGACCUUUGACGCCAUCUCUCCAGAAGACGCUGGCAAUUACAACUGCUUGGUCAACAACUCCGUAGGACAGACCGUGUCUGAGCCCAGGAUCCUCCAAGUGCUGUAUGCACCGAGGAGGCUGCGUGUGUCCAUCGGCCCAAAGGACAAAGUGAUGGAGGGGAAGAAGGCAGUCCUGACGUGUGAGGGUGACGCCAACCCUCCCAUCUUCCAGUAUAGCUGGUUUGACUGGAAAAACCAAAACCUCCAGCAUUAUGAUCAGAUGCUGAGACUGGAUCCCGUGAAGGUCCAGCACUCAGGAGCCUAUCGGUGCCAGGCCAUCAACCGGCUGGGCAUGGGCCAGUCGACCCCCAGCACGCUCACUGUCUACUACAGCCCAGAGACCAUCGGCAGGCGAGUGGCCGUGGGAGUGGGGUUCUGCCUGGCCGCCCUCCUCCUGGCCUUCUGGGGAGUCAAGCUUCAGAAAAGCUGGAAGAAGAUACGGAGCCAGCAGGGGCUCCAGGAAAAUUCCAGUGGGCAGAGCUUCUUUGUGAGGAAUAAAAAGGUUCGAAGGGCCCCGCUCUCCGAAGACCCUCACUCCCUGGGGUGCUACAAUCCGGUGAUGGAAGAUGCCAUCAGUUACGCGACUUUGCGCUUUCCUGUCGGUGACGCCGACACACCAAUAACUGGAGAUGCAGGGACCCCGGAGACAGAGGGAACUUCCCCAAACAGAGACGACACGGUCACUUACUCCGUGGUGCAGAAGCAUCGAGUGGGAGACUAUGAGAACGUGGUUCCAGAGAGUCCGGAAGACGAGGGGAUACAUUACUCCGAGCUGGUUCGUCUUGGGAUUGGGGAGCGGCCUCUGGCCCAGGAAAUGGUGGAAUACGUGACCCUCAAGCACUGAGGAGCCAAACCCGCCGAAGCAGAGGCGCCAGGGGACCGCUGGGGCCAGGCCCCGCCCCUGCUGCUCAGCAGGCCCCAGCCUCCCCUCCACACACACACACAC